GUGUCAAACUGUGGCCCUCCAGUUGUUGAGGAACUACAAGUCCCAUCAUGCCUCUGCCUUUGGGAGUCAUGCUUGUAAUUGUCAGCCUUGCAAUGCCUCGUGGGAUUUGUAGUUCUGCAACAGCUGGAGGGCAGCAGUUUGACACCCGUGAUGCCAUCUACACUGACCCUAAACCAGGGGGGCCCAACCUUUUAAAGAGCAAGGGCCACUUAAGUGAUUUGGUAAGCGGUCACAGGCCACAAUGAAUUUUAAUGCUUCUGAAUUUUUAAUUUGUCAUUAUGUAUCACAUCUGAGGGCCACAGGUUGAGCCCCCCUGCCCUAAACAGUAGGUGUGA